AUUUCACCACAACCACAACCUAAGACAAUACAUUAUCCAUUAAAUUGUGAAUUAAGUGAACUGUGGGGCAUUGUGAACUAUGCGUUAAACGAAGUGCUUCGUGAUAUUUAACCGUUAAAAUGAAAACUCUAUUAAAGAGCAUAUGGAUACUGCUCAUUUUGGAAGUCAUCGAUUACAUCCGCUGUCAAGAAGGUUACAAUGGGGAAAUAUUUCGAUACCAACAAUUGGCUCCAAACGACGGACAAGUCGAAGCUGUCACUGGUUACAGUGCCAACAUAAUACAGAGAGACCCAAUUAGACAAUCUGUUAAUUCUGUUAGCGUUUCAUAUCAAGUGACCGAAGAUUCAAAUAAAGAUGAUGAAUAUAAUUCAAGUGAUCGACCGCGUCGUAGAAAAAUUUACAGAAUAAAAAAUCCAUUUCAAAAUGAGCAGGAAAAUAGUGACCAAAACGAAAAUAAAAAUGAUUCUCAAGAUAGUGGGACAUCGGCUAGUAACCAGUAUGCAGCAGUACAAUAUUCUUUACCACCUGAAGACUUCCUUCAACAGUUACGAUCGGGAAACCAGAUUGUGCAUAGUCAACAACAACAACAGCAACAGCAACAGCAACAGCAACAGCAACAACAACAGCAACAACAACAACAGCAACAACAACAACAACAACAACAAGAACAACAGCAACAACUUUCCAAAUUAAUCCCUAACUUAAGCUACACUGUUACACCACAUCCUCAAUAUCAAUAUUCAACAAUCUCAAAUUCAAAUUAUGAUCCGAAUAAUCAACAACAAAUCGUUCAAUUUGAUCCGAGACCUGCACAAUCAGUUGUAUACCAUACGAAUUUACAUAAUCCUUUUAGUGCAUCAAACUCUUUAAUAUUAGAUAACGCACAUAGUACUCCAUCUUCAGUAACGUCGUACAUUUCUACGCCGCUACCUAAUAAUCAGUUUAUUACAACUCCAACUGCAUCUUACGUAUCAAGUUCUUCACCUGUCUUUUUAUCAACGCCACCAAAUAACCAACAUUACCUUUCGUCUCCAAGAGCACCUAUCCAAUCUAGUUCUGUUGACUACAACAAUAGAUUCUCGUCGACUGUAGAAAGUAAUUCUUUGAGUUACGACCUUACUGAUUUGAGUAAAAGAAUGAAUAUCGAUCAUUACGAUAAUUCUGCAAAUGGUGUCAGGUACCCGUCUGUUAUUCAGCAACAAUAUCAAAAUGAAUAUCCUUCCUCUACUCCCAUUCCUUCCUCUUCCCCAUAUAAUCAUGCUGCUCGAGAAGCUUGGCAAAAUUCAUUUAAUGCUGGUAUAAAUGCACUAACAAAGUCUCUGCAAGAAGUGUCACAAUAUCAGAGCUAUCCUGACAAUGGGAAACAACAAGACCUUCGAAUAGAAACUAAUCUAGAUUCCACAAAUACUGACACUCAUCGUAUGGGUAGUUUUCCAUCGGCUAAUAAUAUUUAUUAUAAUUACGUACAGCCUGACUAUCAGACUAUAAAAAAUCUAAAAAAUGGCCGUACAGAAUCUGAUAAAGAGACAGGUCAUCAAGAAAUGUAUUCAAAUGGUGAAUAUGGCUGGAAACUUACAGACAAUAAGCCUUUAAUAAACCAUGAUGCUAGUUUUUUUACGAAUAAUUAUGCCAGGCAACCGUAUGUUUCUUCAACAGACGGUGGAGCAAUUAGUCAAGUUAGUUUUCAGAUAGAUAUCAAUAAACCGUAUAAUGACCAAAGUUCAAAGUCAUCGCAGGAUGUCAAGGACGGUCAAGAGUUUGCAAAAGCAGCUGCGAAGGCUCACGACAACUUAAAACAGCAGCAGACUUAUAAUACCAAUUAUAAUUCCAACGUUAAUGCCUACAAUUGGCAAGCACAAAAUUCUAACGGCUUAUACAAUGAUGAUAAUCAAAAGAAUAAGAAAACCGAUUUAUCAAAUUCUAAUCAUUAUUCUUUUAGUAAUAAAUAUACAGAUUUAAUAACAGCGUCACCGUUAUAUAAUGGGAAUGGAAGAGAUAACAAUAAUAAUCUUGAGAAUAGACUGAAGCUACCUUUUGACCAUGCCAAGGCUUUAAGGAAUAUAGUUCCAAUGGACGCCUCAAAUGUAGUCCAAAACUCAGACGUACAACACAAAACAACAUCAGCUUUUGCUAAUACACCAUACUAUCACGAUAAAAAUACAGUUUAUGGUUUUAAUAUUAAAACAAAACCUGAAGAUUUUGUAACGAUUGAUACUAUUAAGCAAUUCGACACAAAUACUCCGUAUUAUAUAAAACCACAAAGUCAAGAAACUGAUUUUAAAUUUGCAGGGUAUUCUGGAUCAACGAACAUUUUUAAUGAAGUACCGAAAAUGUCUAGUACAACUCGCGAUAGUUUUCAAUUACCAAGUAGCUUUCAAAAACCACAAAGUCCAAUUUCAUCAGAUAUUAUAAGUAUUUUGAAACUUAACGACGUUCCAUAUAAAUUAACACAAGAUUUGUCAAGUGAUGCGUUGAGGUUGCACAACGAAAAUUUUGAUCAAGGUGGAAUACCGACUCCUUUACCAAUAAGGUUGAACCAAAAUAUUGGUAGCCAUCAAUUAGAUGUCACAUCAAGCUUAUUAAAUAAAUUAAUAAAUAACAAGCCCUCAGGAUUUAUUACGAAUAGACCUGAAAUAAAUUCUUUGUCAACCAUCAAUGGAUUUAAGAUUGCAAAUCCGUAUAACGUGGACCUUAAAUUAGUGGCAGAAAUGUUAAGAGGAAAAUCAAAUUUUGAUGACUCUCAUAUUUCGUCAACAAGAGAUCAAUUUAGUAACCCUUAUAAUUUGGAUCUGUCUCAGUUACAAUACUUGUUGAGAAACGAGAAUAGCGCAAGCCUUAGUAGUUUAGGUAGUCCGUAUUUGGAUGUUUACAAUGCUGGAAGGUAUCCUUAUCAAGGCGUAAAAUAUUCUCGAAGUCAGGAAGAAGAAGAAAGCCUUAUACCAAUUGCAGAUACAUCAAAUAAUCAUCCUAUUGGAGCGGUUAUAGAAGGGGAAAAUAGUGAACAUGAAAUAACUAGUGGUUCUGACUUGACUGCACUAGGAGACGAAACUAUUCCAAUUAAUUUCAAUGAUGACAGACCAAAGAAGGCUUCAUCAGAACAGAGUGAAAUUAAUGUUGAAAGACCUCGUCAUCCAAAUGCAGUUUCACAAGGGCGUCCUUCAAGAAAAUAUCCCAAAGCAAUAGAGGAGCCAUACCCAUUAUUGAAACCACCUCCCCCUCAGUCAUACAGAAAAAGAAUAAAUAGUUUUAAAGGUGAAAGAUCUAAUAGACGGCCAAGACCAAUGAAAUCAAAGAUGAUUAGAGUCUUUAAAAACGAACCCUUGUUUGAAGCUCAUUCAGAAUCGGAAACAUCCAAUAAUGAUGUACCUGUAUUAUUAAAGCCACCCCCUGUUUCUCAAUCUAAGUCGCAAGUUGAUAAAUAGUUUUUGCUAUUAACAAGAAAUUAAAUAAUAGAAUUUUAAAAGUACCUGUUUUCAAGUUUACGUUUCGAUUGGUCCUUUAGAAACUUUAAGAAAUUUUCAAUUAUGUCUAGUUUCUGAAUCUAGUUUGGCAUUUAUUAUUAAUUUAAGCAUUAAGAUUUUAAGGAUGUAAAUAGUUUUAUCCAUUUUUAACGGAAUUGUUGUUUUUGGUGAUAACAACUGUUUAAUUAAGAUAAUUGUGUCGUUAUAAAUAAAAAUAAAAAUAAAAA